UUCAUAAUUAUUUGACGAGAAGAAAACUUCCGACUGCAAUAAAUAGUUGAGUACAACGUCAGUUAUUUUAAUUUCUAUAGAAGUGAAAGAUAAUUUCAGAUAAGUUGAGAAGACAUGCCAUUGUGAAACUAAUUUGAAUCUUUUAAAAUACACUGAAAUAUAGCGCUUAACAGCAAUGGAAAACCCAAAAAAAAAUAAUGCCGAUCGUAAUACUAUCCGUCAACAACCAACAGAAGAAGUAAUUACUUGCAUGACAUCCAUGGAAAGCAGCGAAAAUGAGCAGCUAACAUCUCAAAAUACUAGCGUUGAACCAGGACACAAUGAAGUAUUCGAAAAUAUUGAUGCAGAGUCUACUGAGGAAUUAAAUGAACUUGGGGUCUAUACUGACACAACUACGCAUGGGCUUGCAUUACAAGAUUUGUUCAACUAUAUGGUGAUGACAGAACCUUACGAAAAUAACCCGUUACCAUUUUUGGAAGCGGCAGUUGAAUCAGGAAAUAGCGAAGGGAAUCAAAAUAAUGCUUCAGAGUUAGCUGAGGAAUUAUAUUUGGGAAUUGUCGAUGACGACGAUAAUAAUGAGAUUUGGGACAAUAAUUAUUCAACGUUGCCAGAUGAAGUUCUUGAAUACACAGUUUGUCGUGAUAAUACUACGAACGAACAAAAAGUAAUUACUCAAAGGAAAACAACAGAAUCAUGCGGAUAUAAAUUAACACCAAAUAUGUAUAAGGGCAUUGAAUCCGAUACCGAUAUAGAUACCGAAACCGAUACCGAUACCGAUAUCGACACAGAGUCUGAGAGGGACUCUUCGGAGACAGAGUCUACAGACAAUCCAAAUGACUACAUCAGUGACGAACUCUUGUACGCAUAUGCGCAAUCAAUACAAGAUUUACUCAACCAAACGCCGGAAACAAAACCAAAUGAUGAAAGAAAGUUAUCAUCUCUGGAAACAGGCGUUGAUUCAGUAAAUAACGAAGUGAAGCAAAAUAAUCCUUCGGAGUUAGCUGAGCAAUUACAUGCGGGAAAUGCCGGUGACUGCGAUAAUAAUAAGACAAGUGACAAUAAUUAUUCAACCUUGUCAGAUAAACUUCUUGAAAACAAUGUUUGUCGUGAUAGUACUACUUAUCAACAGAACGAACAAAAAGUAAUUACUCAAAUGAAAACAACAGAAACAUGCGGAAAUAAGUUAUCACUAAAUUCGAAUACGGACAUUGAUACCGAUACCGACACAGAGUCUGAGAGGGACUCUUCGGAGACAGAGUCUACAGACAAUCCAAAUGACUACAUCAGUGACGAACUCUUGUACGCAUAUGCGCAAUCAAUACAAGAUUUACUCAACCAAACGCCGGAAACAAAACCAAAUGAUGAAAGAAAGUUAUCAUCUCUGGAAACAGGCGUUGAUUCAUUAAAUAACGAAGUGAAGCAAAAUAAUCCUUCGGAAUUAGCUGAGCAAUUACAUGCGGGAAAUGCCGGUGACUGCGAUAAUAAUAAGACAAGUGACAAUAAUUAUUCAACGUUGUCAGAUAAACUUCUUGAAAACAAUGUUUGUCGUGAUAGUACUACUUAUCAACAGAACGAACAAAAAGUAAUUACUCAAAUGAAAACAACAGAAACAUGCGGAAAUAAGUUAUCACUAAAUUCGAAUACGGACAUUGAAUCCGAUACCGAUACUGAUAGCGAUAGCGAUACCGAUAGCUAUACCGACACCAACUCUGAAAGUUAUUCAUCGGAGACAGAGUCUUCAGACAAUCCAAAUGAACAACAUGAUUAUGCUGGUUUACCAGCAUAUGAGCAAUCAAUACAAGAUAUGAUUACCCUAAUGAAGAUGACAAAACCAAAUGAUGAAAGUAAGUCACCAUCAUCUCUGGGAACAGGCAUUGAUUCAGGAAAUAACGAAAUGAUUCAAAAUAGUGCUCCGGAGUUAGCUGAGAAAUUACAUGUGGGAAAUGCCGAAAACAAUCUUCGUCGUAAGAAAACUACUAAUCAACGGAAAAAACAAAAAGCAGAUACUGAACAGAUAACAACAGAACCAUUCGGAAGUAAGUUAUCACCAUUUUUGGACAGGCUUAUUAAAUCGGGACACAUUAAGGAAUUUGAAAGUGACUCUUCAGAGUCAGAAUCUUCAGAGGCUCUUGAUGAAAGCAAUGUUUGCUGUGAUAAUAAUACUGAUCAACAGAAGAAAGAAAAAGUAGAUACUGAACAGAUAACAACAGAACCAUUCGGAAACAAGUCACCAUAUCUGGAUACGGACAUUAAAUCAGAAAACAUUAGAGAAUAUAAAAUUGACUCUGUGAAGGAUUUAGUUGAUGUAGCUAAUGAGAACUAUAUACAUGAUUCAUGUGAUAACAAAUUUCAAAAGUCUCCACAGAAACACACUGAACAACAUGAUUAUGCUGGUUUACCAGCAUAUGAGCAAUCAAUACAAGAUAUGAUUACCCUAAUGAAGAUGACAAAACCAAAUGAUGAAAGUAAGUCACCAUCAUCUCUGGGAACAGGCAUUGAUUCAGGAAAUAACGAAAUGAUUCAAAAUAGUGCUCCGGAGUUAGCUGAGAAAUUACAUGUGGGAAAUGCCGAAAACAAUCUUCGUCGUAAGAAAACUACUAAUCAACGGAAAAAACAAAAAGCAGAUACUGAACAGAUAACAACAGAACCAUUCGGAAGUAAGUUAUCACCAUUUUUGGACAGGCUUAUUAAAUCGGGACACAUUAAGGAAUUUGAAAGUGACUCUUCAGAGUCAGAAUCUUCAGAGGCUCUUGAUGAAAGCAAUGUUUGCUGUGAUAAUAAUACUGAUCAACAGAAGAAAGAAAAAGUAGAUACUGAACAGAUAACAACAGAACCAUUCGGAAACAAGUCACCAUAUCUGGAUACGGACAUUAAAUCAGAAAACAUUAGAGAAUAUAAAAUUGAAUCUGUGAAGGAUUUAGUUGAUGUAGCUAAUGAGAACUAUAUACAUGAUUCAUGUGAUAACAAAUUUCAAAAGUCUCCACAGAAACACACUGAACAACAUGAUUAUGCUGGUUUACCAGCAUAUGAGCAAUCAAUACAAGAUAUGAUUACCCUAAUGAAGAUGACAAAACCAAAUGAUGAAAGUAAGUCACCAUCAUCUCUGGGAACAGGCAUUGAUUCAGGAAAUAACGAAAUGAUUCAAAAUAAUGCGCCGGAGUUAGCUGAGGAAUUACAAGUGGGAAAUGCCGGUGACUGUGACAAAAGAAAUGCCGGAGAGUAUGAGAAAAAUGAGACAAGUGAUAAUAAGUAUUUAACAUUGCCAGAUCAACUUCUUGAAAGCAAUAUUUGCCAUGAUAAUAAUACUGAUCAACAGAAGGAAGAAAAAAUAGAUACUGAACAGAUAACAACAGAACCAUUCGGAAAUAAGUCACCACCAUAUCUGGAUGCGGACAUUAAAUCAGAAAACAUUAGAGAAUAUAAAAUUGAAUCUGUGAAGGAUUUAGUUGAUGUAGCUAAUGAGAACUAUAUACUUGAUUCAUGUGAUAACAAAUUUCAAAAGUCUCCACAGAAACACACUGAACAUCGUGUUUAUGCUGAUUUAACUGCAUAUGAGCAAUCAAUACAAGAUAUGAUUACCCUAAUGAAGAUGACAAAACCAAAUGAUGAAAGUAAGUCACCAUCAUCUCUGGAAACAGACAUUGGCUCAGGAAAUAACGAAAUGAUUCAAAAUAAUGCGCCGGAGUUAGCUGAGGAAUUACAAGUGGGAAAUGCCGGUGACUGUGACAAAAUAAAUGCCGGAGAGUAUGAGAAAAAUGAGACUAGUGAUAAUAUGUGUUCAACAUUGCCAGAUCAACUUCUUGAGAUCAAUGUUUGCAGUGAUAAUGAUACCUCUCCACAGAAGAAACAAAAAGUACUAACUCAAAAGAAGAAAAAAAAACACUGGAGAAUUACGCUACCAUCAUAUCUAAGGAAUGAUGUUAAAUCAGGAAGGAUUAAAGUAUUUGAAAGUGACUCUGACUCUUCUGACGAUGAGUGUCUAGAGGAACUUACUAAAAACCGUGCCAGUAGUCCAAAGGAACUCAAUGCUGAAGUUGAAAGCGAAAAGUCAUAUGAAAAUAAGCAGUCAAGUUCGGAUGAUAAUGUUGAUUCAAGCAGUAGUAUUAUCUCACUAACUUCAGACGUUUCUGAUGAAGAGGCUGCAUCCGAAAGUACUGGUGAUAAAAGGGGUAAUAAGCGGAAAGUAACACAAACAAAAUCAAAAGCCGCUAAAAAGAUGAAAAGAAUAAUAAUUGAAGACUCCUCCGAUUCUGAAUCAAGUUCAUGCUUUAGUUAUACAACGACUGAAGAGGAAUGCAAAGCUAAUAAUAUGGUCAAAACAAAAUUUAUUCCACCACCAGCAUGGCUUAAGCCGAAAUACGAUUGUGCAGAUAUGAGACUACCCGAAUUAUUUCUGUAUUUAAAAAGGAAACUAAGGGCUAUCGAUGCCGAAAUUAAAAAAUUUCUAAAAAAGUCUAAAAAGAAACAAUUCAGAACUCGUGAACUUAAAUGGAAAAUCCGAAACAUCAUUCUCGAUAUGAAAAAGGUUGAUGAUAUGAGUUACUCGUUAGCGCAUUAUAGUAUUCCAGUUAAUUUCCUCCGAAAGGUCAAUGAAAAUUUAGCUUGUGGUUUGCCUGUACUUAGUAACAUUCAACGUCCUAUACCUGAAAUGACACUUCACAGCAAACUCUGCAAAGUUUUCCUUAAAUGCGGAUGGAUAUUUCUUAAAAGAACGUUUCCUGAAGAAGGCUAUAAGUGUAGUUUAUAUCGACAAAUCAGAAAAUAAUUUUUGUAUAUUAUAAGAAAUAUUUUUUUUGACUCUAGAUAUAAA